AAAAAAAAAAACCUUUUGGCUCGUCUUUGCAAUUUAGGCUAGGAACCCUCUUCUUCUCCUCUCUCUAUCUCCCCUUGCCAAUUCUGGAACUCCAUCUUUGAAUAUCAUAUCCCCCUUUUCUCCCUCAAAUCCCCAAAUUAUUCGAAACCCUAGGCAUAAAUCUCUUCUCCCAUCGCACGUUACACAACACAAUCCAAUCAUUAACUACACAAACCUAUGUAUAUACAUACACACAUUUGAGGUUUUGAUCCAAGCGAUAAGAUUUUUACGAUUUUGCCCCGCCGGAAAAUGGCGUCAACGAAGCUGAUGGCUUCAUCGGCCUCGCGAAAUUCCGAUCGAAGGAAAUCGUCGGCUGCGUCGUCGUCUUCAUCAUCGACGAUGCCGAAAGAUUUGCAGAAUCAGCACUAUUCGAAUAACGGGAGUAAUAACAGUAGUAAUUUGGAGGCGACUUCCAUGACGGUUGAUGGAAUUUUCAGGAAUGUGUAUGGAGAGAGUCAGGGGACGGAUACUAAUACUUUGUUGAACGCGAAUAUUACGUUACUUGAUGCUGCCGGAGUCAUAACGCCGAUUAGUGAUUCGGAGACAGCGACGGUCAGUGGGGUACCUCCGGUUAGGAGGACGGUGGAUGAUGUGUGGAGGGAUAUUGUGGAGGGGAAGAGGGAACACAGAAGGGCGGCAGCUGCCAGCUGUAAGGAGGAGGCAGUGGAUGAGAUCAUGACGCUGGAGGAUUUUUUGGUGAAAGCUGGAGCAGUUGAGGAGGAGGCCCUGGCUGGGCAGGGGCCAGUGCAAGGUGAGGUGAAGGUUGAACUAGGAACUGAGAGGUUGAGUGGUGGAAUUUUUGCAUUUGAUACCCCAUACAUGGCCACACCGCAGCAGAGCUUGCAAGGAUUUGGAAGUGGUGUGGAUGUGAUUGGAGGCGGAAGAGGGAAGAGGAAGGUCAUUUUGGAGCCUUUAGAUAAGGCAGCUCUGCAGAGGCAGCGGAGGAUGAUUAAGAACAGAGAGUCAGCUGCCCGGUCUAGAGAGCGGAAACAGGCUUAUCAAGUGGAACUUGAGUCAAUAGCAGUUAGAUUAGAGGAGGAGAAUGAACAGCUGUUGAAAGAGAAGGAAGAGCGAACCAGAGCACAUUAUAAGCAGUUAAUAGAGAAAGUGAUUCCAGUUGUAGAGAAGCGAAAACCGCCUCGUGUUCUGCGCAGAGUUUGCUCCAUGCAGUGGUGAUCAAUCAUUGUGCAACAGGCAUAGUUUAAAAUUAAUGCCUUCUGAUAUAGAUAAAGAAUAAAGGAGCCUAACCAUGGUAAGUGAUAUAAUUUAGCAGAUGGUGAUUCUUUCUGAGUGGUAGUGCUUCCUUUGUAAAGAGCAAUUUCGUAUAGUAUCGUGGCCUGGAAAAUCUAUAAUGGGGAUCUAAUAUUUAUGUAGUGGGGAGGGAGUUCAUCGAAGUCAGAACAAUUAUUUAGUUAGUUGUAGUUAUAGGGGGGAUUUAGAAUGCAAAUGCCUCACUUGUUAGAUUGGAUACAAGCAAGCAAGCAUGAUAAUAUUUUGUACCUUUUUUUGGUCAAUGGCUCGUUAUAGCAUUUGCUCCCAAGACUGAUGAGUGAUAACUUCUUAUGCUUUUCUUCUGUGCUUGACAAACAUAAUCAACUCAUCGUAUGCAUCCUUA